UUUUUCGGUGAAGUUCAGUGUUUUGUAUUCCUCUAAAUCCAGCGGCCAGUUCUUAUUGGUAGGUGGAAGUGUUACAUCACAAUGAUUAUGACGCGCCGUCUUCCUGUUUCCUUCAGCUGCGUCUUAAAGUGAAUCUUGUUGGUGGUAGAGAGCAGCUCUGCCUAGCUCGCCUCGCAGAGAAGUACAAUUACAAUCCCAGAAGAAGAGCGGCGCAAAAGAGCUCUUUUCCGCUCUCACGCACAUCACUCUUGCCUGCCCUGAGAAAUUACAAUAUUCAUCACCAGGCGAACAGCCCUCUGUAUUCUCUCUUUCACUAGCAAAGACGCUCAAUUUCCUUUCAUCUGCGGAGGUCCCAGGAUUCUCGAGCUGUGCCCAGCUGACAAGCUUUUGAAGAUGGCACAAUAACAGUCGAGUGAUGCCUGACCAUGACAGUGCAGCCCUCUUAAGCAGACAAACCAAGAGAAGAAGAGUUGACAUUGGAGUGAAAAGGACUGUAGGGACAGCAUCUGUGGUUUUCGGUAAAGGAAGAACAACCUUAUUCAGUGCCAUGAAUCCCCACGGUUCAGAGCAGGACGUCGAGUGUUCAGUGGUGCAGCAUGCAGAUGGGGAGAAGUCAAACGUGCUCCGCAAGCUGCUGAAGAGGGCAAACUCGUACGAAGAUGCCAUGAUCCCUUUUCCUGGAGCUACUAUCAUUUCCCAGCUGCUGAAAAAUAACAUGACCAAAAAUGGUGGCACAGAGCCCAGCUUUCUAGGCAGUGGGCUCUCAAGCACGGGCUCAGAGAUUCAGCAGGAGGAUGUCUGCAGUAACUCUUCACGAGAAAGCCCCCAAGAGUGUCUUUCCCCAUUCAGCAGGCCGACCAUGAGCCAGUUUGAUAUAGAGCGUCUUAGUGAUGAGCACCUGAGAGCCAAGCGGGCCAGAGUGGAGAACAUAAUCCGUGGUAUGAGCCACUCUCCCAGCGUUGCGCUACGUGGAAAUGAGAAUGACAGAGAUGGGGCGCCACAGCCCCCCAGCCCCCGGGAGAGUUACAGGGAAAACAAGCGCAAACAGAAGCUGCCCCAGCAGCAGCAACAGAGCUUCCAGCAGCUGGUUUCAGCCAGAAAGGAGCAGAAACACGAGGAGCGCAGGCAGCUGAAACUGCAGCUGGAGGACAUGCAGAAGCAGCUGCGGCAGCUUCAAGAGAAGUUCUACCAAAUUUAUGACAGCACAGAUUCAGAAAACGAAGAAGAUGGUAACUUGUCUGAAGACAGCAUGCACUCAGAUGGCAUGGGCCACCAGGCCCAAGACUUUGUGCCUGACCGAUCAGACAACGAAAUGUCCGACUUGGACCCAGGGCAUUUCAUUGACCGUGCACGUGCCCUCAUUAGGCAACAGGCAGUGGUGACAGAAAAUCCUAAAAGAGACAGCCAGAGAGGGAAAGACCAAGGGCCAGCCUCCAUGCACACGGAAGGCAAGCAGCUGGCUGAGACAUUGAAACAGGAACUGAACACUGCCAUGUCCCAGGUAGUGGACACAGUGGUUAAGGUCUUCUCAAAGCCUGUUCCUCAGGUCUUCCCACCCCUCCAGAUGCCUCAAGCCCGGUUUGCUGUCAAUGGAGAGAACCCAAACUUCCACACCACUAACCACCGGUUGCAGUGCUUUGGCGAUAUCAUCAUUCCCAACCCACAAGACACUUUUGCCAACAUGCAGGUGCCUAGCUCCAAUGACCAGACAGAAGCACUGCCCCUGGUGGUUCGAAAGAACUCAUCCGACCAAUCAUCCUCCGCUCCCACCCCUGUUGGCCAUCACCAUCACCACCCUUCACUGCAUCCGUCUCCACUGUCAGCCACUGUGGGCUUUGGCUCUCCUUCUUUCCGCCACCCCUUCCCCCUUCCACUCAUGGGCUACCCAUUUCAGAACCCUUUAAGCACCCCUUCCGGAUCCUAUUCGGGCAAAGAGAGGGCAUCUCCAGAAUCAUUGGACUUGUCCAGGGAGACCACUAGCCUACGGACCAAGAUGUCAUCUAGUCAUCACAUGAACCACCGAUCGUGCUCGCCUUCCUACCCAGGCAGCACAACUGAAGGCCUGUCUUUGUCCCUCAUAAAGUCUGAAUGCGGAGACCUUCAGGACAUGGCAGAGAUUUCACCUUAUUCAGGAAGUACAAUUCAGGAAGGACUUUCACCGAAUCACCUAAAAAAGGCAAAGCUGAUGUUCUUUUACACCAGAUACCCAAGCUCCAACAUGCUCAAGAUGUUCUUCUCUGAUGUGAAGUUCAACAGAUGUAUCACCUCUCAGCUCAUCAAGUGGUUCAGCAACUUUCGAGAGUUCUACUACAUUCAGAUGGAGAAGUUUGCACGGCAGGCGAUCAAUGAUGGUGUCACAGGCUCAGAGGAACUGAAUGUCACUCGGGACUGUGAGCUGUACAGGGCCCUCAACAUGCACUACAACAAGGCAAAUGACUUUGAGGUUCCGGAGCGAUUCCUGGAAGUGGCUCGGAUCACGUUACGGGAGUUUUUCAAUGCCAUUGUUGCAGGCAAAGAUGUUGAUCCUUCCUGGAAGAAGGCCAUAUACAAGGUCAUCUGCAAGCUGGACAGUGAAGUCCCUGACAUUUUCAAAUCCCCCAACUGUCUUCAAGAACUUCUGCAUGAGUAAAGAUUUCCACUGCUUUUUUUUUUUUUUUUUAUGAAUGUAU